AUGCCAACCAUAAGUAAGCCUCUCACUUCACUUCAGUUCUGAUGUUUCUUUUUUUUCACCUCCAGGUGUGAGGAGGAGAGGGGGAGAAAGGGACAGAGGGGAAGGAGGGGACAGAGGGGAAGGAGGAGACAGAGGGGAAGGAGGGGACAGAGGGGAAGGAGGGGACAGAGGGGACAGAGGGGAAGGAGGGGACAGAGGGGAAGGAGGGGACAGAGGGGAAGGAGGGGACAGAGGGGAAGGAGGGGACAGAGGGGAAGGAGGGGACAGAGGAAAAGGAGGGGACAGAGGAAAAGGAGGGGACAAAGGGGAAGGAGGGGACGGAGGGGAAGGAGGGGACAGAGGGGAAGGAGGGGACAGAGGGGAAGGAGGGGACAGAGGGGAAGGAGGGGACAGAGGGGAAGGAGGGGACAGAGGGGGCGGAGGAUGAAAGCAGUAAGGAGCUGAGGGAAAGGAUGUGUGGGCUGGAGGAGCAGCUGGCCCACUCCCAGUCUGAGCUGGAGGAGCUGAGAGAACAGAUGCACCUGGGGGUCUACUCUGUGGAACAGGCAGGGGGCACGGGGGGUGAGACAGAGAUCCCCAGGGGCAGCGGCAAGGUGGCGAGCCAGGAGACGCAGCAGCUGAGAGAGAGGGUGAGGGAGCUGGAGGCGGCGCUGAAAGAGAGAGAGGGACAAGGAGCGGGACAGAGGGAGGGAGAGGGGGAGGGAGAGGGAGAGGGAGAGGGAGAGGGGGAGAGUGCAGAGGACAAUGACACAGUCAAACAGCUGAGAAAGAAAGUUGAGGAACUACAGGCAGCCCUGGAAGAGAAAGGGACAGAAAAAGAGGGAGAAAAGGAGGACGGAGGAGGGGAGAGUGAGAGGGUGAGCGAACUGGAGGCCACCCUGGCGGAGAGCAAGGAGUCGGGGAGAGUGGGGGGAGAGAGAGGGAGUGGUAAAGCCAGACGAAGAGAUGGUGCGUAGGCUGCAGGGCCGUGUGGGGGAGCUGGAGAGGGAGCUGAGGGAGUGUGUUCCCUGUUCAGAGCUGGAGGAGGUGCAGGUGACCCUGGGUCUGCAGUGUGAGCAGCUGGCCAGGCAUAGGCUACAGACUAAAAUCUGGGUUUAUUAUUAAAUUUUGCCAUACUUUGCUUAGAUAAAGGCAGGUAGCCUAUAGCCUCUGAUAGGCCUACAUCUCAAUUCAAUAUAGUCUAGAGUAGGUAUCUUCUUAAUAACAAUCUAAAUAGCCUACCUACAACUGGCAAAAAGGUGUCACAACGUGCGCACAUGCUGCUCUCUCUCCUCCCGCUUACGUGACUCAGCCAAUAGCUGUAGUGCUCUCUCAACACACACCCACUCCUCCGGUCCGCCCCACCACUCAAUUCAAUUUAAGGGCUUUAUUGGCAUGGGAAACAUAUGUUUACAUUGCCAAAGCAAGUGAAAUGGAUAAACAAAAGUGACAUAAACAAUAAAAAGUGAACAGUAAAUAUUACACUCACACAAGUUCCAUAAUAAUAGAGACAUUUCAAAUGUCAUAUUAUGUCUAUAUUCAGAGUUGUAACAAUGUGCAAAUAGUUAAAGUACAAAAGGGAAAAUAAAUAAACAUAAAUAUGGGUUGUAUUUACAAUGGUGUUUGUUCUUCACUGGUUGCCCUUUUCUUGUGGCAACAGGUCACAAAUCUUGCAGCUGUGAUUGCACACUGUGGUAUUUCAUCCAAUAGAUAUGGGAGUUGAUCAAAAUUGGAUUUGUUUUCCAAUUCUUUGUGGGUCUAUGUAAUCUGAGGGAAAUAUGUGUCUCUAAUAUGGUCAUUUGGCAGGAGAUUAGGAAGUGCAGCUCAGUUUCCACCUCAUUUUGUGGGCAGUGUGCACAUAGCCUGUCUUCUCUUGAGCCUUUCUCAAUAGUGUUGCUGUCCUGGGGCUAUGUGGGGUCUGUUUGUGUUUGUGAACAGAGCCCCAGGACCAGCUUGCUUAGGGGACUCUUCUCCAGGUUAAUCUCUCUGUAGAUGAUGGCUUUGUUAUGGAAGGUUUGGGAAUCGCUUCCUUUUAGGUGGUUGUAGAAUUUAACGUCUCUUUUCUGGAUUUGGAUAAUUAGCUGGUAUCGGCCUAAUUCUGCUCUGCAUGCAUUAUUUUGUGUUUUACGUUGUACACAGAGGAUAUUUUUGCAGAAUUCUGCAUGCAGAGUCUCAAUUAGGUGUUUGUCCCUUUUUCUAAAUUAUUGGUUGGUGAGCAGACCCCAGACCUCACAACCAUAAAGGGCAAUGGGUUCUAUAACUGAUUCAAGUAUUUUUAGCCAGAUCCUAAUUGGUAUGUCAAAUUUUAUGUUCCUUUUGAUGGCAUAGAAGGCCCUUCUUGCCUUGUCUCUCAGAUCGUUCACAGCUUUGUGGAAGUUACCUGUGGCGCUGAUGUUUAGGCCGAGGUAUGUAUAGUUUUUUGUGUGCUCUAGGGCAACAGUGUCUAGAUGGAAUUUGUAUUUGUGGUCCUGGCAACUGGACCUUUUUUGGAACACCAUUAUUUUUGUCUUACUGAGAUUUACUGUCAGGGCCCAGGUCUGACAGAAUCUGUGCAGAAGAUCUAGGUGCUGCUGUAGACCGUCCUUGGUUGGUGACAGAAGCACCAGAUCAUCAGCAAACAGUAGACAUUUGACUUCAGAGUCUAGUAGGGUGAGGCCGGGUGCUGCAGACUGUUCUAGUGCCCUUGCCAAUUCGUUGAUAUAUACAGUGGGGGAAAAAAGUAUUUAGUCAGCCACCAAUUGUGCAAGUUCUCCCACUUAAAAAGAUGAGAGAGGCCUGUAAUUUUCAUCAUAGGUACACGUUAACUAUGACAGACAAAAUGAGAAUUUUUUUUCCUGAAAAUCACAUUGUAGGAUUUUUUAUGAAUAUAUUUGCAAAUUAUGGUGGAAAAUAAGUAUUUGGUCAAUAACAAAAGUUUCUCAAUACUUUGUUGUAUACACUUUGUUGGCAAUGACACAGGUCAAACGUUUUCUGUAAGUCUUCACAAGGUUUUCACACACUGUUGCUGGUAUUUUGGCCCAUUCCUCCAUGCAGAUCUCCUCUAGAGCAGUGAUGUUUUGGGGCUGUCGCUGGGCAACACAGACUUUCAACUCCCUCCAAAGAUUUUCUAUGGGGUUGAGAUCUGGAGACUGGCUAGGCCACUCCAGGACAUUGAAAUGAUUAUUACGAAGCCACUCCUUCGUUGCCCGGGCGGUGUGUUUGGGAUCAUUGUCAUGCUGAAAGACCCAGCCACGUUUCAUCUUCAAUGCCCUUGCUGAUGGAAGGAGGUUUUCACUCAAAAUCUCACGAUACAUGGCCCCAUUCAUUCUUUCCUUUACACGGAUCAGUCAUCCUGGUCCCUUUGCAGAAAAACAGCCCCAAAGCAUGAUGUUUCCACCCCCAUACUUCACAGUAGGUAUGGUGUUCUUUGGAUGCAACUCAGCAUUCUUUGUCCUCCAAACACGACGAGUUGAGUUUUUACCAAAAAGUUCUAUUUUGGUUUCAUCUGACCAUAUGACAUUCUCCCAAUCCUCUUCUGGAUCAUCCAAAUGCACUCUAGCAAACUUCAGAUGGGCCUGGACAUGUACUGGCUUAAGCAGGGGGACACGUCUGUCACUGCAGGAUUUGAGUCCCUGGUGGCGUAGUGUGUUACUGAUGGUAGGCUUUGUUACUUUGGUCCCAGCUCUCUGCAGGUCAUUUACUAGGUCCCCCCGUGUGGUUCUGGGAUUUUUGCUCACCGUUCUUGUGAUCAUUAUGACCCCACGGGGUGAGAUCUUGUGUGGAGCCCCAGAUCGAGGGAGAUUAUCAGUGGUCUUGUAUGUCUUCCAUUUGCUAAUAAUUGCUCCCACAGUUGAUUUCACUGAGGAAAUGUACAAGUUUGCUGUUAAUGAUAAUGCAGAGGAUCUUCCCAAGGUUGCUGUUGACGCAUAUCCCACAAUAGUUAUUGGGAUCAAAUUUGUCUCCACUUUUGUGGAUUGGGGUUAUUAGUCCUUGCUUCCCAAUAUUGGGGAAGAUGCCAGAGCUGAGGAUGAUAUUAAAGAGUUUAAGUAUAGCCAAUUGGAAUUUGUGGUCUGUAUAUUUUAUUAUUUCAUGUAGGAUACCAUCAACACCACAGGCCUUUUUGGGUUGGAGGGUUUGUAUUUUGUCCUGUAGUUCAUUCAAUGUAAUUGGAGAAUCCAGUGGAUUCUGGUAGUCUUUAAUAGCUGAUUCUAAGAUUUGUAAUUGAUAAUGUAUAUGUUUUUGCUGUUUGUUCUUUGUUAUAGAGCCAAAAAGAUUGGAGAAGUGGUUUAUCCACACAUCUCCGUUUUGGAUCGAUAACUCUUCGUGUUGUUGUUUGUUAGAUGUGUUCCAAUUUUCUCAGAAGUGGUUAGAUUCUAUGGAUUCUUCAAUUACAUUGAGCUGAUUUCUGACGUGCUGUUCCUUCUUUUUCCAUCGUGUAUUUCUGUAUUGUUUUAGUGAUUCACCAUAGUGAAGGCAUAGACUCAGUCACUCACUCAGCAACAGCCUGCCUUCACUGCCUGACAGUCAGCAGCAGGUCACAGUGAAAUAUAUAUUUUUUAAGAGAAAUGCCAUGGCGGCCGCGGUGCAACUUAAAAAUACCCCAAAAAUCUGCAACUAAUACAUUUUCACCUGUGACAUCGUUUUCAAAGUAGCCCAAUUUGGCAGGAAAACUGCAAACAUGGCAACACUGAGUCCUAGGAAAGUAGUACUUCCUUGCCUCAUGUUGUAUUUGUUGUCCUUGCUGUGUGUCAGGUGGAGCUGCAGCGCUCCCUGCAGGCCAGUGAGAGAAGUGUGGCGGAGGCCAAGGAGGCUUUGAGUGUGAAGGAGACAGAGCUGAGAGACCUGAGGUCCCAGAAGGCUGUGGAACAGGGCCUGGUGUCCAAGGAGGACCAUGAGUCCCAGCGCCUCUCACUGCAGGCCGAGAUCAACACAUUCACCGCCCGAUUCAACAACCUCACACGCAAACACGAGAAGACUUGCCACCGAGGUGUGUGUGUGUGUUGUUUUUGUUCUUGUUCACCAAAAUACAAAGAAUUUGAACAACUGAAACGUUAACUCAGGGGUUGACCACAAGCCACAUGCUACUGACUACACGUUGGACUGUUGUUGCCACAAUAGCGGAAGCACUGGUGUGCACCAGGGCUUCCUUUCUCCUAGCAUUAUUUAUGUGUGUGUUCUAUAUCUCCUUGCCGCCUUUGGUUUCAUGGCCAUCAAGGUGCUCUCCCUCCUCCCCUCGUCUUUAUCUCUCCUCACUCCCCCCUCUCCCCUAACUCCCUCCCAACAGGUGUUCCAGGUGCAGCGUGAGGCUCUGUUUAAUAAGAGUGAGCGUCAUGUGGCCGAGGCUCAGCUGGCCACGAUGCAGCAGCAACUGGCUGACCUGCAGGCCCAGUCCAGCCACGUCCAGGAGCUCCACAAAGACAUCCAGGACUCCCAGGGCCUCGUCAAGGAGAAGGACUGCAAGGUGAGACUGAGACACAAAUGGUAGAAGUCAAAUUGAGCGACACUGUCCUUUAUUCUAAAUCGACCCCUAGGCCUGGCUAUCCAUCCACAUCGCUCCGGCCAAACACCACGCCCACUAACAUUUCUUCUCCACGAUGAGUCUGGAUUUGAUCUCUUCCCUGACGGCUUUUCGAAUGCGAACACAUUCAAACCGUUCUGAUUGGUCCCAGAAACCGAUGGGUUGGGCCAGAGCCUGAACACACGUGGGUAAAGCGGCGUUACGGAAAUAGUCAUUGGCUUUGAUACUCUGAUUGGUUACAGACUAUUACAUCGCUGAUGACUUGUUUUGUACAACGCCCCUCACUUUGACGUUAGCAGAAACAACUUCUACAAUGGCAGUCUCAGACUGAAUGUAUGUAGCAAUAGAUAGAGCAGCUGAAUUACAUUCAGUAUGAGUCAUCAGGCAACCUACCCCUAGGCACUUCUUCCAGAUCUUAAGGGAUGGGUUAGGUUCCUUGUCCUCUGGGCUGGGCUGUGCUGGGCUGGGCUGGUCUGUUGAAUAACAAGAAUGUAUCUCGUCUCUUGAGCCUACUGAUUGUAUUACUGCUGUUCGUGGUCCUCUGUAGCUCAGCUGGUAGAGCACGGCGCUUGUAACGCCAAGGUAGUGGGUUCGAUCCCCGGGACCACCCAUACGUAAAAAUGUAUGCACGCAUGACUGUAAGUCGCUUUGGAUAAAAGCGUCUGCUAAAUGGCAUAUUAUUAUUAUGUUAUUUUGUAUGAUAUUCUUACAGUAAAGAUAUAGAAAGAAACCAAACUCCUGCCUCUACCUCCUUGUUUAGUUGUUGAACUUUUGGUUAUUGAACUACAUUAAGUGAAGAGGAUUUACACCCGGUAACAUAAUUGCUGUAAUGAUAUUUCAUCAUGGUUACCUGAUCUGUACUACACAGAAAUGCAUAAUUAUGGAUAUGAGUCAUUCUCUUCAUGUUUAUAUAUCCUAAACAGGUACACAAUGAUAAUGUACGUUUUAAGACUUUUUAUGGUAGAUGUUUUCUAAGACCCCUUUUCCAUCUGCUUGACCAGAAAUCAAAGCCUUUGCUUAUUCCUAAUUUUUAGGCUGGGAUAUGUUGGAAAAAUGUAUACAGUGGGGAAAAAAAGUAUGCUAUGUCAACUAUGACAGACAAAUUGAGAAAAGAAAAUCCAGAAAAUCACAUUGUAGGAUUUUUAAUGAAUUUAUUUGCAAAUUAUGGUGGAAAAUAAGUAUUUGGUCACCUACAAACGAAGCAAGAUUUCUGGCUCUCACAGACCUGUAACUUCUUCUUUAAGAGGCUCCUCUGUCCUCCACUCGUUACCUGUAUUAAUGGCACCUGUUUGAACUUGUUAUCAGUAUAAAAGACACCUGUCCACAACCUCAAACAGUCACACUCCAAACUCCACUAUGGCCAAGACCAAAGAGCUGUCAAAGGACACCAGAAACAAAAUUGUAGACCUGCACCAGGCUGGGAAGACUGAAUCUGCAAUAGGUAAGCAGCUUGGUUUGAAGAAAUCAACUGUGGGAGCAAUUAUUAGGAAAUGGAAGACAUACAAGACCACUGAUAAUCUCCCUCGAUCUGGGGCUCCACGCAAGAUCUCACCCCGUGGGGUCAAAAUGAUCACAAGAACGGUGAGCAAAAAUCCCAGAUCCACACGGGGGGACCUAGUGAAUGACCUGCAGAGAGCUGGGACCAAAGUAACAAAGCCUACCAUCAGUAACACACUACGCCGCCAGGGACUCAAAUCCUGCAGUGCCAGACGUGUCCCCCUGCUUAAGCCAGUACAUGUCCAGGCCCGUCUGAAGUUUGCUAGAGUGCAUUUGGAUGAUCCAGAAGAGGAUUGGGAGAAUGUCAUAUGGUCAGAUGGUAAAAACUCAACUCGUCGUGUUUGGAGGACAAAGAAUGCUGAGUUUCAUCCAAAGAACACCAUACCUACUGUGAAGCAUGGGGGUGGAAACAUCAUGCUUUGGGGCUGUUUUUCUGCAAAGGGACCAGGACGACUGAUCCGUGUAAAGGAAAGAAUGAAUGGGGCCAUGUAUCGUGAGAUUUUGAGUGAAAACCUCCUUCCAUCAGCAAGGGCAUUGAAGAUGAAACGUGGCUGGGUCUUUCAGCAUGACAAUGAUCCCAAACACACCGCCCGGGCAACGAAGGAGUGGCUUCGUAAGAAGCAUUUCAAGGUCCUGGAGUGGCCUAGCCAGUCUCCAGAUCUCAACCCCAUAGAAAAUCUUUGGAGGGAGUUGAAAGUCUGUGUUGCCCAGCGACAGCCCCAAAACAUCACUGCUCUAGAGGAGAUCUGCAUGGAGGAAUGGGCCAAAAUACCAGCAACAGUGUGUGAAAAUCUUGUGAAGACUUUUGACCUGUGUCAUUGCCAACAAAGGGUAUAUAACAAAGUAUUGAGAAACUUUUGUUAUUGACCAAAUACUUAUUUUCCACCAUAAUUUGCAAAUAAAUUCAUUAAAAAUCCUACAAUGUGAUUUUCUGGAGAAAAAAAAUCUAAUUUUGUCUGUCAUAGUUGACGUGUACCUAUGAUGAAUAUUACAGGCCUCUCUCAUCUUUUUAAGUGGGAGAACUUGCACAAUAGGUGGCUGACUAAAUACUUUUUUCCCCCACUGUAUAUGCCUUAAUUUCUCACACAUAUAGACUCUUAGCUUUCAUUUGACACCCAAUUUGACAUACUCCUCGGAAAUUCACGUUGGUGAUAACGGGUCCUUUAAAUGGAAAUGACCGGUCUUCAUUGGGGGCUGCCAUGUGCUCCCAUAAUGCCUGACAGCUGGGCUUUUCAUGGAGCAGCUCCAUGCUAUAUGUACAUCUCACUUUGACACGUCAUCCAACAUUAGCCUCCAUUCCUAAUCAAUCCAGACAGAGGGAGUGAUGUGGAUUGGAUCCAACGCAAACCACACACAUUUGAAUAACCUUAAUUUGACAAAUUUUAUUGACAAAAAUGCAUUUAGUUCAAAGAAGAGUAGAUACAAGAAAGUCCUGAGAAAGCAAAGGGGUCAUUUGGAAAAGUUGCAUACUGUAAAGUAUACUAACGUCACAGAAAGCCAUGUCCUCUCUCUCUCCCUGUGUCUGGACUGAGACAAAAGACACAGCAGAGCCCCGGAGAUCCCCUAUCUAUUGAUAAAACAUGUUGCCAUUAACAACACAGGAUGGUGAUCAAAUCAGUUAGGGCCUAUGCCAGAUUAUUGAUUGGAGGACUGGUACAAUAGAAUAGGAAGCACACAAAAGAGGACAGCCAAUCAGAACACACUAUGGGAUGUUCAGUUUGUACACCCCCUUCCCAUACAUCAGCAGCUCAUAGAAAGUUUCACAAUAAAAAGGGAUGAUUUGACUUUCAGUCCACUCCAAUCAUUGAUUAAAGUGUGGUUUGGCAUGGCAAGAAAAUGUGCCAUUUGCUCUCAGGGUAUACAUACAUACAGUACACACUACUGUCUUCUGCUGUGGUAGAUGUAGAAUGUAUGAUAAUGUACAAGUGAUUUGGGAGGAAAGAUAUGAAACACCAAGUAUUAAGGCACUGAACUAUUUUACAGGACUUAAUUAUAGAUACACCGAGUCAUUUGUAGUAAUGUAGUCUGCCUUCUGAGAGCACAGGCUCUCUGACCAGUGUGAUAACUUCAUAGAGUAGGCAUGAUAUACACAACCUGGGUAGGUAUUCACUGACGAGCUAUGACUGUCCCAUACAAACACUUUGACAAGUAUGUGGUUAUUAUUGAACACAUUGAUAUUCAGAGUUCUACCUAUUUUGGCCAACUGUAUAUUCCCAAUGUUGUGUUAUGUAGACUUCCUGUGGAUAUUGAUGGGACAGAGGGACAGACACUUUUUCUAGGUUGGUGCCUGGUUAGUACUGUAUCUCUGAAGCAUAUUUCAAUUCAUGCAAUCAGAUAUUGAAAGCCUGCAGAAUUAGGUCCUGAGAUUACAUAUGAAUAAAUCAUGAAGGUGCAGGUGCUACUGCUGCAGAUGAACAGUUUAUAAAAGUCCAUUAAAGCAUACCAAUGUCUGAGGAGCAAAGAACUGCAUUCUGAUAAAACAAUUUAGUGAUAUUUUGCUGCCAGGAGUUUCUCACAUAUCAUAUACAAUGUUCACAUUUGUUCAUUGAAAGACACAGGGAACCCAAAUCAUUCUGGGACUGUGCAUGACAUCAGCAGUAUGAGACUCAGUAUGAGGUGCACUCAAAAAUUAUGCUUUCCUAUGGAACAACUACCGUAUGUGACUGUGACCCUCUGUGACCUCGCAUUCCAUCCUUGUGAUUGGCUGGGCUGUUACCUCCUGUUCCGAGGCGUCGGUUAGCUUAAUGACUGCAUGCUGAGAGUUCAGAUGGAGAUGGUGGAAAGUUUGUGGGCACUGUCGGAGGCAGCCAGGUACUGCAGCCAUGCCCCUGGUCCUGUGCAGAGGGAGUCGCCUGUGUCCUCCUACCCCAGCGAAAGCGCUGAUUCUGGGGAUAUGACAAAGUGAAAAUCUUCCUCUCUGGGGUUUAUAUGGACACACCUCUGACUCCUGGUAAAACAGGCAAAAUUGGAAAACUUUCAAAGGAUAUCAAUCAAACACAUAUUAAAGAACUACACCAGUAGAAAACUAAAAUCUAGAACAUAAACUUUAUUAAUACACUAUAUUGUAUCAAUAAACUUCCCACACUGAAGCAAAGGUUAUCACAAAACAGUAAUUCAAAUCAAACUAGGCAGUGCUGAGCACAAUCACUUUGGGCUGUCAUUUCUGUCUCUUACCAUUCCAGAGCGCUGUCCCCUCUUUCCUCCCGACCACCUGUUUGAGGUGCAGCUCGCUCUCAGCCGCCACGAUGGGCAGCUCGUUCUUCAGGUGGUAGCUGAUCAGGUGACUGAUACUCUCAAACAGCAUGUCUUUGGUUCGUACCUGGCAGUGACGGGGAGGAGUGGGCUAACAGAUGUUAGUAGGUCACAAAGAUUUUAAAGGGAUACUUCUUCAAAUCAAAAAUCAAAUCAAAUGUUAUUUGUCACAUGCGCCGAAUACAACAGGUGUAGACCUUACAGUGAAAUGCUUACUUACAAGCCCUUUACCAACAAUGCAGUUUUAAGAAAGAAUACCAAAAUAAAUCACCCAAAAUAAUACGAAAUAGAAGUAACAAAUAAUUAAAGAGCAGCAGUAAAAAUAACAAUAGCGAGGCUAUAUACAGGGGGUACCGGUACCGAGUCAAUAUGCGGGGGCACCGGUUAGUCGAGGUAAUUGAGAUAAUAUGUACAUGUAGGUAGAGUUAUUAAAGUGACUAUGCAUAGAUCAUAAACAGAGAGUAGCAGGGGGCAAUGCAAAUAGUCUGGGUAGCCAUUUGAUUAGAUGUUCAGGAGUCUUAUGGCUUGGGGGUAGAAGCUGUUUAGAAGCCUCUUAGACCUAGACUUAGCGCUCCCCCUUAUUGAUGCACGUUAACAGGGAUGCUACCACCACCAUUGUUUUGCACUCAACAAUGCUCAUUCUAAGCUGUAGCUAAGUAAAUAAAAUACAAAUAUCAGCUUUCUGGAGCAAUUGCUAAGAGGGGUGCUACCACUAUUAUUGUUUAGCAUGUUUUGCACUAGCUCAUCAAUGCUAAUGCUUGACUGUAGCUAAAUAAACAAAUUCACAUUUCAGGCGGCUGACACACCAUUUGAAUAAACUAGUUUUACUCUCCAGCCCCAUAGACCAUGAUUUCCCCCUUCAAUAUUGUUUAUCAUUCAGCGAUUAUCACUCACCACUCCCUCUGGGUCGACCAGUAGCAGGUGUUUGGGCAGACCACAGUGCAUGCCCGUCAGGACGUACUGGCCUGGGUUGGUGGCACUGUCUCGUACCAGGAAGUCCCCGUCUCGGACCAGCAGUUUCUCAGCGUCCCGGCGGCUCAUACGGCCGUGGUACCAGGCCUCCCGCCGGAGCUGCUCCUCUGUGGGGGCGACAGGGGCACGACGCCGGGGCGGGCUGGGCCACUGGUCCUCCAACACACACACCCCACCGUUACCACCGGCGUCGUGCAUCUUUAGAGCAUCCUCAAAGGGUUCUGCAGAGAACCAGGAA